ACAUACACGCGCGCGCGCUCGCGCUCGCAGGCACAGGUGAGGACACACACAGGUGACACUCUCGUGGAUAUUCGCCUCAAACUGUGGAUUAAAACCGCGCUCAGUGAUAUUUGUUGGCCGCGGUCUUCGGUAUGAAGGUGACGGUAACCUUCGGGGACACCGCGGUUGUGGUUCCCUGUAAAACCACCUGGACCGUCCGCGAUCUAAGCGACCAAGCCACGCGCAGGUACCGGAGGAUUCUCGAGCAGCAUGGAGAUCCUGCAGUGAAAACACACCACUUGGAAUACGCCGAGGGAGGAAUCCUGGACAUGGACGACCUGCUGAGUGAUCUCGUGGAAGACCGAGACAAGCUGGUCGCAGUGUUCGGCAGAGUGGAGCCGGGGAGGACGGACAGUCCCCGGGAGGACACGUCCAACUACUCCAGCCCCGCCCCCAGCCCCGCCCCCAGCCCCGAGCCCCUCCACUACUACUCGCACCUGCACUUCCUGGAGCCGACGAGCGGCGAGAUCGAAGUCAACGAGGCCGUCCUCAAAGCGAAUACACCUCUGCUGGUGAGGAGCAGCAGCGACUCGGCGUUGGUCCCGCCUCAUCAGACACCUGAGGACCACGGGACCAGGUCUCCUGAAGUGGAAAUCAACCAUGUUCUGAAAGGAGCGCUGGAGCGUCUGCGCACGGACGAGGACUCUCCGCCCAGGAUGAACAAGGUCAACUUCAGCACCCUGACCAGGACUAUGGAGUUCCCUGCCGACCGAGGGCCUCUGGGAAUCCAUGUGGUCCCGUACUGCUCCUCUCUGAGUGGACGGAGCCUGGGUCUUCAUAUCAAAGGCAUCGAGGAAAACAGUCGCUCCAAGAAGGAGGAUCUCUUCAAAGAGGGCGAGUCCAUCGUCCAAAUCAACGACACGCCGCUCGAGGACAAGUCCUUCGCAGAGUCACAGGAAGUGUUCCGCCAGGCCAUGACCUCGUCCUCGUCCUCCCACAUUCGCCUGGAGGUCCUGCCCGUCGCCAACAAGCUGCGCUACGAGAAGAGCCUGAUAGGUCAGUUAUUCACCGGCGACAUCAAAGACCCCGUCUCCAAAAAUAAGAGUCCGCUGCUGGUCCGAGCCUUGCAGCCAGAACCCAAACCGGAACCCAAGCCGGAGUCCAAACUGAGCCAGGAGGUGAGGAGACCAGGUGCACGUUCCAGACCUCCAGAUCCAGCACCGGUGGAGCUCCAGCCUGGUCCUGCCUCUCUGGACAGAGUCUCUCCGGCUCCUCCCACCCGAGCGGCGAACUCCUCCCCUCAGCCCAGAACCCGCAGUCAGAGUCCAGAGAGCAGCAAGAGUCCAGUUUCUCCAAGUCUGCCCAACAUCAGCGGCAAGAAGCCGAGCAGACGGAUCAAGAUUGACCUGAAGAAAGGCGCCGAGGGCCUGGGCUUCACCGUGGUAACCAGGGACUCGUCGGUCCACGGACCAGGACCCAUCCUGGUCAAGAACAUCCUGCCGCGAGGAGCCGCCGUCAAAGACGGACGUCUGCAGCCCGGAGAUCGAAUCCUGGAGGUGAAUGGAGUGGACAUGAGCGGCCGCAGUCAGGAGGAGUUGGUGGCCAUGCUGCGCAGCACCAAACAGGGAGAGAGUGUGUUUGUGCUGGUGUCUCGACAGGACGACGUCUUCCUGCCACGAGAACUGAAAGGCGAGGAGGUGACCAGCGUGGUGUUGGAGGACGGCAGGGAGCAGCUCAUGUACGAGAUCCCGCUCAACGAGACCAGUUCUGCCGGACUGGGCGUCAGCCUGAAGGGCAACAAGUCCAGAGAGACCGGGGAAGACCUGGGCAUCUUCAUCAAGUCCAUCAUCCACGGAGGAGCCGCGUACAAGGACGGACGUCUGUCCGGGAACGACCAGCUGAUCGCCGUCAACGGCGAGUCGCUGUGCGGCCGCUCCAACCACGCUGCCAUGGAAACGCUGCGGCGCUCCAUGUCGACGGAGGGAAACGCCAGAGGAAGCAUUCAGCUGGUCGUGCUGCGAGCGCCCGCGCAGAGGGGCAGUGGUGUCUCCACAUCAAACACAGGGACAGACAUGUCCACCACCCAUCAAUCCCAUCAAUCCCAUCAAUCCAACUCCCACGCCGGCUUCAGCAAUCAGGAGCGAAAGUCACACGACGUUUAUCAGAAAACGCCGAGAUCUGCAAACUUUGACUUUCCAACGACGUCCAACAAUUAUUCACAGAGCAACGACCGAGCUCCGUAUCCCACGGCGACCACUAAUGGCAGCUACGGUCACUACGGCAACGAGGACGAGGAUCUGGGCACGGGUUUCCCUCCGCCUCCCUCUCCAGGAACUGUGGAGGAAAUGAACAGAGACUCGUCGCCGACGCCCACUCAUCAUCACAGAGAGCCUCAGAUGGCGUCUAACGUGGCAGCUCCUGUAUAUCGCCAACGAGCCAAUGACAGGGACAACAGGCCUCGCAACAGAGAGUCCAAGAGCAUGGACAUGGUGGCUGAUGAGAGCAACAUCGGGUCUCUAGCCGCGCGGAAGAAAGAACCUUCAGGUGGUGCAGCUCUGGGUCCGACUCUGGGCCUGUGGAAGUCCAGCUCUCUGGAGAGUCUGCAGACGGCCGUGUCCGAGGCCAAGCAGAGCCACAAGCAGGCCCACGUCCCCUUCCACCGCCCGCGGCCGCACAUGGUGCGCGGCCGGGGAUGCAACCAGAGCUUCCGCACCGCCAUCGACAAGUCCUACGACGGACCCUCUGAGGACGAUGACGACCUGUCGGAGCAGAGCUCGGGUCACGAAACGCCCGCCAGCACUUCCUCCCGCCAGGGCCUGGACGUGGAGGACGACAAGCAGAGUAAGACCAAAGGGAAGAAGAAGAAGGACAAGAAGGGCAAGGGGAAGAAGAAAGGCUCCGACGGUUCUUUGGAGGACCUGGAUAAAAAGACCAAAAAGAAAGGAUUUGGUCUCCUGAGGUUUGGGAAGAAGAAAGACGAGCGGAGCAAAGACGCGGCCAAAGCAGCCAAAAGUAAACUGGAGGCUCUGAGUGAAGAGGAACCCAACCACAGGGUUCCCGACAACAGAGACGGCUACGACCCUCGCUACGCUGAGGUCCACUCCGGCCACGCCACCCCAGACACGGGCUCCUUCCCCGACUUGGAGGAAGACGACAGCGACCCCAACUACGCCCGCAUCGACCACUUCCGCCAGCCUCCGUCACCUCAGGCGUUGGCCAGCCGCACGCCCUCCCCUGCAGCAGCAGCAGCAGCAGCAGCAGCAUCUGGACCUCACGUGGCCCAGGUCUCUGCUGAGGAGCUGGACGGUCUCUACGCCAAGGUCAACAAGCCCAGACCUCCUCAUCUGCAGAAUCAGCAGAAUCAGCAAGCAAACAGCAGCGAUCAGCAUUUCCAGGGCGUGCGUCAGGAUUACCCGCGGUCUCGAGCCGCUCCCGUCUACGAGGACCUCGACGCAGCGCGGCGCCGGCUCCUGGAGAACGACCCGAACCGGAUGGCGCAGAGAGCAGCCGAAUCUCGACCGGCGCGUCGCUACGAAGAAAUAGACCGGUACUACCCCAGGAGGGAUCCGUACGAUUAUCCGACCUCCAGACCCGUGCCCCGAGAGUCGGCGCCGAGCUACCAGGAUCCGCCCGCCUCCAGCCACGCGGGCCGCGUCCCGCUGCCCCAGUCAGGCCAGCAGCCGCCCAGCAACCAGCGCUACUACCCGUCCUCGCCACACGCGGGACUCCAGCAACGCGGCACGCUAAGACAGGACGUCCCGGCCUCCCCGACCGACGCAGGACACAGAGGGCGUCACUACGACGAAGCCGCGGGAGCGCGGGGAGACGGCCGUGAGCGCUACACCAGCCCUGAACGCAACUACAACUACAGAGACGACAGGCAGCCCGACCCGCGGCGCAAGAACCCCCUCAUCGGCGCCGUGUAACGCACUCAGUCCAAGCCUCUGACCUCUAAAGGUGAGGUGAGGGGAGUGCAGGUCAGUCACAUGAUCCACGUGUAAAUACAGCGACCGCUGGUGUGGAGACGCGUGAGUUUAAUUUAUUUAGUCUUAAACACUGAGGGAAUGUGAGGCCACAUGCUGAUUUCAGUAUCUUCACAGGUUAAGGUAGAUUUAACAAGCCUUAAAGGGACAGUAAAGGGUUUUUUUUUGUGUGCUUGGAUGAGGUACUUUAGCAUUGACUCCUCAUUUAGCCUCACAGAAUAAAAUCUAUGCCAGAUUAAAUGUAUGAAACUGAAGUUUGUGUUGCUCACUCUCCCACACCAAACCCCAUAGAGAAAAUCACUGAUUUUAGCUGUCGGGGACACAGGAGCUGCUGGUCUACUGCUGCCUCGUGUGGUCACUUUGUGUCACUCAGGUCAAUCUAAAGAAAGGAUUUCAAACACAGAAUUAACAAAAUAGCAAAUUUGAAGUCACCGAUGGAGGCGACAGUGGAUCAACAACUCCUGUGAGCUGUGAUGUUAAAAUCACUGAUUUUCUCUAUGGGGUUUGGUGUGAGAGAGUUUCCAGUCAGAAAAGUUGAAAUAAAGCAGUAAACAUGUUCUUAAGAUGCCAUACACUUAAUCCCGUGAUGUUUUUAAUCCGAUGAGUGAGUAUUUUGUUAAGAAUAGGAAUUCCACUUUAAAUAAACUAUCUUCCUAAAACAGUUAGAACAAGCAUUUAAGACCGUUUGUGGGUGUGUGUAUAUAUACAUAUUUUCAGAAAGUUGUGGAUUAUUUUAUAUCAAAAUUAAAUAUGAAAUGAAAUGAAUUCCAUUCACAGAGUGAACUUAGCGCCACAUGUUGAAUUUGUAGAAUUUGUUGGAUCACCUUGAAAAGACUGAGAUAACAGGAAGCUGGAGCCGGCAAACAGGAAGAGGAAGUAGCUCCACUUCAAAGAAUAUGGACGCGUCCUUGUUCUGUCGCUCUGACUUCCUUUCCUCGCUGCUGUCGCACCAGUUUUUCUUUGGUCUUUUUUUGCCUGUGUUUCCAUGUGGACGUGACGACGAUUAUUUUCUGUAUAUUUUGAAGCGUAUAUAAAGUUUAUAUAAAGACAAAGGAGUUUAACUCUAAUCCCUGCUCCGCAAGCCUUGUGCAGCUAAUAUAGAGUUUAAUUUUAUUCUCCUUAAACGGUGGUUUGAAUUAAAUGUGCUUUUUUUUUUUAAAAUAUAAAUACUUUGCAUUAAAGGUUUCUCCUAAAUCA